AUGUGGAAGCGGUGGCAGUUCUAUUGGGUCCUGUUAUGCUUGUGUGCGGAAGGGUUAACCCAGAGAACUACUCUCGACUCACCCCUUAAUUUAAGGAUGCUACGUGUUUUUCGAAAUUGGGCUCUCGACACUUUUGGUAGAACAGGCACAGAAGGUGGGAGAGACAUUCAAAUAGCAAGAAAUAAACAUACUAUGCAAGAAAUCGUUCCUGACAAUGUCCCGUUUCCUUGUAACAUAACAGGUGGAAGGUCGCAAGAGGUGCCGGAUUCGAUACAUAAAUUAAGGCCAGGCGAUAUCGAUGUCAUUGCCGCUAUGGGUGACUCAAUAACGGCUGGGGCUGGAAUUUUUGCAAACAACUUAUUUCAAAUUAUAGUUGAAAAUAGAGGAGUUGGUGCACUUGGAGGAGGCCAAGGCACAUGGAGGCAGUAUAUGACUCUGCCAAAUAUCAUCAAGGAAUUCAAUCACAAUUUGAUAGGCUACGCAACUGAGGACUCGUUGGCGACUCAUAAGAAAUCGCAGCUAAAUGUCGCUGAAAGCGGUGCUAUGUCAGAGGACAUGCCUUAUAUGGCGGAAGUGCUGGUUAAGAAAAUUAAAAACAAUUCGGAAAUAGACGUGAAGAAGCAUUGGAAAUUAAUCUCGUUUAUGAUUGGACAUAACGACUUUUGCACCGAUAUGUGUUGGAUUUCUUCGCCUUGGUCAAUUCUCGAAAAACAUAAAACAGAUUUACUUAAGGUUUUGAAAACAUUAAGAGAUAAUCUACCGCGAACAUUGGUAUCGCUGAUUCCGCCGAUACAUAUGAAAACCUUGAUUGACAGCCGUAAGGGUAGAGAAUCUUUGCAAUGUUACCUCACAACGACUACUGAAUGUUCUUGCAUAUGUGGCUUUAGAUUUCAGAAUUUUUUACCCGAAUAUUUUAACAUCAUGAGACGAUGGCAAGAGUUGGAAAUAGAAAUCUCUUCUUAUCCGGAAUUUCAAAAGGAUGAUUUUGCAGUCACAGUUCAACCUGUGACGUUAGAUUUGCGCUUUCCACUUGCUUCGGAUGGAUAUGUCGAUACAACAUAUUACAGCAAUGAUUGUUUUCACUUCUCUCAAAAAUUUAACGCUCGAUUAGCAAAUGGUGUAUGGAAUAAUAUGUUGGAGCCGGUUGGCACUAAAACGACAUAUUGGCAGGACACCCUUGAGAAGUUUCUUUGUCCGACUUCGGAAAGGCCUUAUUUUGCUACAUUGAAAAAUUCAAAAAAUAAUUUUCGCUAA